GUCGCAAUGCACUCAACUCCUCAAGAUUAACGAAUUCAUCUUCUGUCUUCAUUGACUUGCGAGCCAGUAUGGAGGUGAGAUGCAUAUGGGACUGAGCUGAGUGAAUCGAUAAUAGUACCCUCUAAGGCCGGAUUGUCCUACUGUUCAUGGAGACAUCAUCUUGGUGGUACCAUCACUCCAAGAUGGUGCGCCUGAGACGUCAGUGCUGCACCCUGGCGUUUCUCUUCAAGAGUUGCAUCUUCCUUCUGGCCGUAUCCAGUGUGCUGCUUCUUCUGCAGAGCAUCUGGAGCAGUAGUAGUGUGGAGGAAAAGACGGGGGCGGGCAAGAGUGGACGGCUGAACAGCAACACCAUCAACAGCGGCGCCUUCAUCGAGCGCGAGUACCUGCCCAAAGAGAAAUUUGUGAGCCAUUCUUCAGAGUGUGAAGUUCCAAGAUUCAAUAGCAACUCUACUAUACCGCAAGAUGUGGUAUGUAAGAGAAUCUCGCCUCGACCUGGGUCAUGCCAACUGGCACACGAACUGUACACUUCACAAAAAGUGGAAACUUGUAGCCAUCAGGAAAAACACCAACUGUGUCAAAUAAAGGGAGAAGGCAAAGAGAUGGCUGUUGAAUGUGACCAAGAAAUCUGUCCAGGACCAGUAUCCCUAGGAACUAUUAACCCGGCCAUCGGUGUCCUACACUGGGAGGAGCUGAGUGACAUGAAGGAACUCCAGGCCCACCUCCAGCACCUGCUCCUCACAGGCAAACCAGAGGCAGUCUUUGGCUUUUGCUUCAUCAAGUGUCCCUUGGAGCUACAGGAGGUCCAGGAGGGUGGACAAGGUGGGGAGAAUAUUCAGGCGUAUGGACAGGAUGAUGUAGAUGAGGAUGAGGAAGAAGGGCUUGAGGAUGGUGUGGAGAACAGUUUCCUGGCGUUUGAGAAGGACUACUUCCAGGAGGACGUUGAUGAUGAACCAUGGGCGCAACAGCUGCUAUUGCUUCCAUCUAAGCAACAGAAAUCUCAUAGCAAAGCUCAGAGUAGCAGCCCAGGGUUGAACAUCAAUGUGAUUCUACUAGAUUCAGUUUCACAUAGCCACUUCUAUCGAUCUCUUCCUAGAACAGUACAUACUUUAAGAGAAAUUAAUAAGUUAAAAGCAGGCAGUGUUUUCAACUACAACUUGGUGCAGUCUGUGAAGGGUCGCACCUACGAGAACAUCCAAGUGCUGUUCUCUGGAGUCAUGUACAACCCAGAGGAGCCCUUUGGAGUACAUGACAUGCCCCCUGAUCCUGUAGGUACCAAGGUACUUCUGGAAGGGUUUAAGCACAUGGGGUAUGAAACGUUGUGGAUGGAAGAUCUCUGUUGGACUUGGGAGUGGGGAAUUGCCAAGAACUUUGUGGUGCAUUCACCAAAAGAGAUGCUGAGCUUCCGCUGGCAGAAACUUCUAGAUGCCAUGAAGGAGGGAGGAGUUGAUCAGCUGGGUUUAGCUUUAGCAAGCUGUGAGAUCUUGCACAGAAACAACCAUAAUGAUCCUUUCCAUGGUCCACCUGCCAUCUGUUACAACGGAGAAUACCAGCAUACUUACAUGCUGCAGUACCUCAAGAGUCUUCAGAAAGCUCAGCAAUUUUCAAGGACUCCAUUCUUCCACUACACAGAAAUCAAUGUCGGUCACGAUGAUCUCGGCACAAGAGUCCAGGGGCUGGACACGGCUCUUGCUGAUUAUCUCACAUUCGCAGCAUCAUUAGACAACACUAUGACCAUCCUUCUCGCAGAUCAUGGCAACGCUUACGGGUCAUUCAUUCAUAAAUCGGAGGAAGGGCGUAUCGAGAUGUUCCAUCCCUCAAUGUUUAUUAUGCUCUCAAAGAAUGCUGGACGAUUCCUCUCUCCGUCUCAGGUCCACGCCCUCGAGGUCAAUCAAGAUCGGCUGACCAGCAUCUUGGACAUACACUACAUGCUCAGGUCGCUAGCGUACCCAGGUCUCAAGACCAAAGUCGCAGAAUCCCAUCAAAACUUUGACAUCAACCCAACUGGACUUCUGCAAGAGGUGUCCAUGAACAGGACCUGUGACCACAUCCCACGUAUCCAACCCAACAUCUGCAUCUGUGAGGAUUAUGACUCCAGGGUCUCCAAUGACAGCAGUAGAGUGAUCUUUGCAGAGUUUGCGCUCGGGGAGCUGAAUAAUGCAAUCCAGAACCAGUUUGUAGAGGCGCACCCUGAAGCCAGGAGAGGGUUUGGAAGAUGUCAGCCUCUCCAAGCUCUUAGGUUUACGAAUGUGCGCGAGAACUUUCAUGGGGACGAUACAAUAGUCAUCAAGUUGGAUCUUCAUGUAAAAGCUGGGAAGAAUGCGUCCCAAACCGAGGAGAUCUUCUUCGUCACUCUCAUGGCUUCCACCAACACUCAGCCGCGAGAACAGCUCCGUCUCAUCAGCUACGACCGCCUCACCGCCUACAGUCAGUAUGGCGCGUGUGCAGACAAGGGCGUAGCCACCAAACUCUGUGUCUGCUCCCUUGCCAGAUUGGAUGCUGCUGCAAAGAAGGCCACCGAGUACGGCUCUACCCCAAAAUGGCACGAGAUCUCGUCAUUUUUCAGCGCGUACACUUCAACCGUGAAAGAAGUGACAUCGUGCCUGUAUCUUUACGAGAGGCGCACGCCGAACGGUGUUGUGUUAGAAGCGUCCUGCGAGUGCAGGGAUAGGCUAUACUUAGUGGAGAUCAAUGCUAAGUCGCAGAACAUCAUCGUGUCCAAAGAGUUGCCUGUUAGCAUAGUCCUGAAACCAGGCAUGAGGACGUUCUUGGUAGCAUUUGUGCAGAGCAUUCGGAGAAAGACAUGGUCAUUGGAAUACAGUAUGCAGUAUACAGAACAUCGUCUAGUCUGAUUAAGUACUCUUAAUUACAUUAUAUGUAAGUAAAUAUUUCAGUAUCCUUCUAAAUAAAUCAUUUUUUUAGGAUAAUUUGAUUAUGAUUAUACAUUACUGGUUCAGCUGAGAAUUAAAGAGAAUUUGAGUUCUGGUAAGAGGGAGAAAUUGAUGAUCAGCAUUCUAUAAAAUUGUUUGUUUCAUGUGAAAGAAUUCCUGUUUGUGUUUUAUUUGGUAUGCCUCAAAACAAUGUGGAUUAAGCAUAGUUACACCUGUGAUUUCAGAAUCUUUGAGUGACCUGGCUGAGCAUACACUUCAAAUGACAGAACAAGAUUUAAAAUUAUUUAUUCACUCAAGAUCUAUUUAAAAUCUGGACAUAGCGUGAAAAUAUUGUGUACAUUCAUUUAGUCUUGUUUUAAUGUAUUCAACAUUCCCAGAACUCAAUCUUGACCUUUAACUGGUGUGACAAUUAAUUAUGUAUAUAUUUAAUUGUAAAAGACUAUCAAAUUGCUGAAUAAUUCUUUGUAAAUUCUCAUGCCAUGACACUUCCCUCCAUAUGAAUAUAUCGUCUACAUUGGGCAUUGCACCUGAGGCUGGGCAGUAUAAUUAGUACUGUAGAUUUGUCAUGAAUUGGUUAUCAGGGCCAUUUUUCACUCUAUUGUGAAAAUUGCAUAUAUAUUGCACAAACUUCAGGCUUUUUAUUAAUUUUUUUCUCCAAGAACAACAGUAUUUUGAAAUGGUACAUGAAUAGAAUUUUGUGCCAUAAAACUAUUAUAGAAAUUAUACCUGCAGAAACUCGAGAAAUGUACAAGUACCAGAGAAUCAAAUUUGCUGGCAUAUUUAUAUCAUGUUACUGUUUGAGUGUAGUAUCUGCCACUUAAAGGCACCUGCAUAGCUCAAGGGCCCUUGGGAAGAGCACUACCAAUAUUGAGGGUACCCUAGUUGAAUAAAUCAUUAUUUUUAUGAUUAUGAUUACUAUUUUUACACAACAUACGUACAUGUACAUGUAUUAUGUGUUAACAAUAAGAAAUAUGUUCAUAUAUUAAGAGCAUAUUGAAAGAUGUCCAAUCUCAAUUUCAAUCUCACUGUUCGUUAUUUAAAUGUUAAAAAAGAUAGUGAUUUUAGUGCUGGAAUUUUAAAAUCCAACUAUUUGUUGGUGUCUCUGAACCUCAUUUGAGUAUACUCAAGAGUAUCUAAUCAUUUGGAAGUACUUGUAUUUAUAAAUUUUGAAAGAAGAUGAUUUCAAUGACUCUUUUUCUUUCUUUCAAGUAGGAGCAUAGAAUACUGUAGUAAUCCAGCAUCAGCAAUUGAGAAAGAAAUUUGUAAUAGGAAGCCAGUAGAUAUCUCAGCUUUCAAAGAAAAAAUUGAAAAGACGAAAACAAUGAAUAGCAAAUGCACAAGUUUUAGCUUAAGGUUUAAUUGUUUACAGUUAUUUUGAAAACAAUUUCUCAUGAUUUUUGCUUGGCUUCUUUACUGCGUACGAUUCUCUUAUGACUUAUACUAAAAAUGAAAGGUACGGUAUUCAGUACUAAAUGAAAAAUACUCUACUUAAAAAUUAUUUUGUUACAUUUAUUUAUUAACAUAUUAUGUGUUAAGUAUAGACAGGGUUUUGCUCAUGACAUUUUUGUGGUAUCACUGAAACUAAUGUUAGCAGAUUCUGCUACUUAAAUUACAUGUAGAUUCUGUUACUUGGAAUUAUUGGGCGAUUCCAAACAGAUAGCUAAAACAUUAGUACUAAUGAUUAUUCUAUGUAGAUGUUAGUUAUACUUUUUGCAUGGUUCAAAAAAUUGAUUGGUGGAACAAUAGUAAGAUCGGAUAAAUGUAAAACAAAAUAAUCACGACGACUAGAAAGUUGUGCUCAGAACUAUCAGCUUAUUGCACUUAUUUUUUGUCAGUAGGCAGGUAGCAAAAGAAAAGAGUACAUGUGUGUAUUUAAGAAAAAUCCUAACAUUAAACAGCGGAUUUUGGGUGGGGGGGGCAUCAACCUAGUGUCAUAUCUCUAGUACACAACUCUGACAUUAAAUUAUUUUUUUUUGAGUGUUUGCCAGUUUGCUUGUCAGAAAAUUUAUUUCAAGGAUUGUUGUGCCCCUUCCUUCUUUUACAAAAUCUUGAAUCCGCCCCUACUAGUAGCAGUUGUUGAUUAUCACAAGAGAUAAUUAUGAAAUCCCACGUGGCGCUUAUUGAAUGUAUAUACAUGUAAGUAAUGGGAGAUUCCAGUCAAAUACACCCAUUUUGGAUGUUCUGUGUAUAUCUCCUACCACAUUGGGUGUGAAGUUUGGAUGUGCAAUACCGCUGGCUGCAGUCAAGAAUCUAUUUUGAAUAUCACUGUGACGUACAGACAUAUAUAUCAAGUACAAUAUGUCACUAUUUUAUUUGUAUAGUCAGGAGUAUAGUACAUGUCAUUGGAAUAGUAGAAUGUGUUAUAGGUCUGCAUGAUAUAUUAUUUUGUAGCUAUAUGAAACACUUGUUAUAUAUGUAUAUAUGGCGGGGGAGUGUAAAGGUGAAAGAAAAUACAUAAUUUGUAGGUGAUUAUUUUUUGUUUUUGUGAUAAAGUGCCAUAACAAACAAAGCAAAAUGAAAGGUGAAUCAGUCAUUUGCUUUAAUUUUUAUUAUUGUUUAGAAGCACUUAUCUAGAUCUGAGCAGUUUAUUCAAUGACUUAAUUAAGUGUGAUUAAUUGUUCUUAUAGCUUUAGUUUAAUUAUUGUAAUAUAUAGUUCAGUAAUCAUAUUUUGUCUAUCAAUGCAUCUCAUGUAAAUCAAAAUAUAUUUUGUUGAGUUCUAUUUCAUCUUUAGAGAGCCAGAAGGGUGUUAACUCAUACACUGGUUCUGUUGCAUAUAAUUUAUGACUUUCUGGCUCUCAACCGCCAUGUGUGAAUGUACUAAAAUUUAUGUAGUACUACAUUAAUGGUAAAGUUUGUUAUAUUGUCAAAUAAAUCCUUUUGAAUAUCAAAACACAUAUGAUUCAAGGUUGUUUCAUCAGUAUGAAAUUUACAAUUUUAUUUCAUUAUCAAAUCAUCAAAUCACCAAAUAUAUACCGGUACUGGCAGUACAGUAACGGUGCACUAUGUACAAAAUGUGAAAAGGCAUUUUGAAAGAUACUUUAAGGUAAUAAAAAGAGUUUUCUUACAGGUUAAUUGCAACAACAUUGAAGGUACUUGCUUUGAGAUUGUAGAAAAUCAUAUAGGAACAUGUAUAAUUCCUCAGUGACAUGCCAGGUGAUUUUGCUGCUAAAUUUGAUACAGUAAACCACAGAUAAUCGUCACAUGUCCACACAUGUUUCAAAGAUUAUACAUACCGGUACA